UCGUUUCAUUUUGGGGAACAGCAACAAGAGCAUUAUUGAGCCUCCGGAGAAGACCAACAGGGAACACUGCGGAAUAUCCAGCUGCACAAGAAAAGAAAGAAGAAAAACCAACAACAACUCACAGCUGACUUUUUUCUUUUCUUUUUCUUUUUCUUGUUUUUUUUUUUUUUUUUUUUUUUUAACUCUUUUACCAUCACCACAAAUCCUCACUUCAUCAUUGAUGUCGCCUAACUAGUGGGAUAAGCUGCCGCACACGGACUGUUUUGUCUGUCGGAGGGAGGCGUAACAGAGACGAAAGACGGAAAAAAGAAGAAGAACAGACAGUCCAAGUGAAAGUGAUAAGAGAGUCCGACUCAGAAUGAAUAAUAAUAAAACCGAGAAGGAGAACGAGCAGACUGAAUUCACCAACCACGAAGAGGAGGUCCGAACGCUAUUUGUCAGUGGGCUACCAUUGGAUAUUAAGCCGCGGGAGCUCUAUCUCCUGUUCAGACCAUUUAAGGGCUAUGAAGGAUCCUUGAUAAAACUCACUUCUAAACAGCCGGUGGGGUUUGUCAGCUUUGACAGUCGAUCAGAGGCGGAGGCUGCUAAGAAUGCCUUGAACGGAGUCCGGUUUGAUCCAGAGAUCCCCCAGACCCUUCGGCUGGAGUUCGCCAAGGCCAACACCAAGAUGGCCAAGAACAAGCUGGUUGGCACCCCCAACCCCCUCCCCUCCCAGCAGAGCCCCGGGCCACAGUUCAUUAGCAGAGACCCAUAUGAGCUCACAGUGCCUGCUCUCUAUCCCAGCAGCCCAGACGUGUGGGCGUCAUACCCGCUGUACCCGGCGGAGCUGUCGCCGGCCCUCCCACCCGCUUUCACCUACCCCUCCUCUCUCCACGCUCAGAUUCGCUGGCUCCCACCUGCAGAUGGAACUCCUCAGGGAUGGAAGUCCAGGCAGUUCUGCUGAAGUAUGUGUUCCUGAUGUGUGAUGGUGGCCGUGGGCGGCUGUGACGGGCGUUUGCUGAUUGCCUCUCGUAUCCAAUUAGAAAGCAGGAGGACCGACCUGACUCCAGCUCACGGAGCAGCGUACCGUCGGCAGCAGCAGCCUCAUGGGCCUCAGGACAUUCUAGACCCCAGCCUCCAUCACACAUCGAGACUCCCCCCCCCAUCCCUCUAAGUCCUUCCAACUCUUUUUUUAUACUGUUACAUACUCUAGAUUUACCGGCAGUGCUUUGGCUACACCUCCUCUGACACCUCCAUGAAAGGUACCGGGCGUGCAUAACAAAGGCGCACACACACACACACCCUUUGUUAACCAGUUGACUGCAUCGCCUGUCUAACGUUAGCAGGUCUCUUGCUGUGCAUUCUCUAUAUGCAAGUGCAAAGACAGCCCACCAAAAGGAGUGCAAAACACAUUUUUAUGCAGCCACUUCGCAAGGCCAGACGUUAAGAAGCGUGUCCAAAGCGCUGCCGGGUAAUGUUUAUUAUACGACUAUAAUUAUUACUAUUCUGUAUAUCAUUCAUAUUAAUGUUAUUAUGAUUAUUAAAUACAUGUUGAAGCAUGACUUUGCAAAAAAAAAGUGACAAAAACAAUGCUGUACAUUUCUAGAUAUUUUAAAGAAAUACAAAAAAGUAUUUUUGUAAUCAAGACUGUUUUGAAAUGGUUCUGUUUGAUUGGUUCAUGAUGUGAUAAAGUGUGUGAUGAACUUUCACACCUGUUUUUUUUUUCUUUUGUUUGUUUUUCGCCCUUUCUGUUUUGUGCCAUUGUAAAAAAUGGUUAGUCGCCCUGCUAUACCAAAGCAGUCCUGUGGGUUUGCUCUUGUCUUUUCUACAUACUGUGUGGAUUUCGGGUUGCUCAUGUGUGUCUUUGUGUGGUGUCUUUACCUGAUGAAGCAAACAUAUAAGUUCUUUGUCUGAUGUGCUUUGGUUCAACUAAGCAGUCGAUGUGAACUCUGAGUGAGAAAAACACACCUAAUCCCGCUCGUCAUUUUGCAGUUAGAGGGUAAUCAGAUGUGUUUAAAGAGGCAUUGACAGGAAUAAGCCAUCACUGGUGAAGGUAGAGUAACCCCAGAGAAUGCAAGACAUGGCAAUCUGAGCCCUGCUAUAAUAAGGAAUUUGCUCCUUUAUUGUGUAGCAAGAGGACAGCAGCACAGUAUCGAGAAACAAAAGACCAAAGGCAUUUUUUCUUUUUACACUGGAGAGCUAUCUAGGCUAGUGGAAUUAUUCCAUUUUUGACUGCUUUGUAGUCCUCAGUCUGAUUUCUUAUGAAGUAUGACUUUAUUUUUGCUGCAUGUCUCUUUUGGUGUCACUCCAAAGAGCCACUCUGCAUCUGAAAGGAUAUUCACUUUAAGCAAUUUGUCUCUUUUGUCUAUUUUUAGGGAGCCAACGUGAUUCAACUUGCUUUUGUAAAUUUACAUAGUGAUUGGAGUGUGAGAAAAAACAAAAAAAAUCUUUUGUAAUCUUGUGUAUUCUGGGCCUGCAAUAACGCCGUCGCUGUUUGACAUAUCAUCGAGUGAUCAUAUUCCUGUGACAUUUUGACGCCAAAAUCCUCAUUCAUGUCGCAUUCCUCCAAAAACAAACAGUGAUUCUUGUACUUUUCUGAUAAGGCCAAGUCACAUUUCAGUGAUGUGACAAUCAAAAGCUGAAAAACUGCAAGAAAAACAACCCUUCCCUGUAAUGUUUAGCCCGGGUGUGUACAAUCAUAUUGGAGUGGUUGAAUCAUAUAGUCAGUGUUUGUAAUGAAUAAUAAUAAUAAUAAUAAUAUGCACAUCAUGUCAACUGAUUUUAUGGAGCGGUUUUUGCUUUUGCAGACAUUUUUUAAGCCAAGUGUGGCACCAAAUUUAUUAGAACAAGUAUUUAUAAGAUGUGUGUGCGCGUGUGUGUGUGUGUUUUUAAUGGGUAUUAUGUUUUUAAGGUUAGAAGAUGCCCAUCAUAUAAUUCAUUGUAAGUAUUAUUGUAAGUUUAAUUGUAUAUUCAUUUGGUAAUUUUCUAGAGCUUUCUUUUUGUGUUUGUAUCUGAUAUAUGAAUACUGUUUUACCUACAUAAUUCACUGUGAAAUCCAGAGGAAAACUUUGAACGAAUGGAUCUUUUUGUGUUUCGCCAGCAGUACGGUACAGAAGUUCCUGGAAAUGAAUAUGAUGAUCCCCCCCUUUUGUCAAUGGUUUCAGUAUACCAUGUACCUGUGUGUUCUGUGCAUGUUCACAGCAUGUGUGUGUUCUUCUUUUUCUUUUUCUUAAUGCAUACAGUACUGUUGAUAUUUAUGUACUUUAGCCGCUGUAAGGAGAAACUGUAUUUCAGUGAAUUGCAGAGGUUUGUUUGUUUGAAACCAAAAAAAAAGAAGAAAAGGUGAUCAAAAUUAGUUUUUAUGAAAAUGUUAAAUGAAGACAUUUCAGGCCGUCCACCAUUAAAGAUUGACGUCAUC